AGUGCCCCUCCAUCGUUACCCCACCAAACCACCACGGGAAAAAUAUAUGGUGAGACUGACUCCCACCUUCAAUCCUUCAAUCUCCAUCAAUCUCAACUUACAACUCGUCGACAAGCAAGAGAAGCCCCCCCGAGCUUCCUCUUUCCACCACCAGCAACCCUGUUCUCCCUUCGAGUCCUCCGUCCGGCUACUCGCAGCCUCACCUCGUCCCGGCCGCUCACCCGCAACAUCGCAAGAAUGGCCGCCAUCAGCGCCCAGACCUACACUCCCACCGAGGAGGCCGAGAUCCAGCAAUGGCUCACCACCUCAGACCGUCUCAAGUCCGGCGACGACAAGUCCACCAUCCUCGAGACGCUCAACAACCACCUCUCGAGCCGCGCCACCCUCCUCGGUAGCAAGCCCAGCAAGGCCGAUGUCGCCAUCUACGAGACCCUCGCCCCCAUUGUCGCCCAGUGGACUCCCGAGGAGCGCACCGGCGAGAAGGGCCUCCCUCACAUUGUCCGCCUUGUCGACUUCGUCCAGAACUCCCCCCUCUUCGGUCUUGAUGUCAAGGACGGCGACAAGGUCAAGGUCGACCAGGACAGUGUCCUCUACGUGAAACCUCCCGUUGACGCCAAGGCCGAGAAGGAGCGCCUCAAGAAGGAGAAAGCCGCUGCUGCUGCCACUGGUGGCGAGACCACGCUUGUCGACCGCACCAAGGAGAAGGUCCAGGAGAAGGUUGAGGAGGUCAAGGAGAAGAUCGCCGGUGCCGCUGGCGCUGCCAAGCCCAAGAAGGAGAAGAAGGAGAAGGCUCCCAAGCAGCAAAAGGCCCCCGCCGUCGCCGCUCCCCUGUUGCCGUCCCUCAUCGACCUCCGCGUCGGCCACAUCCUCAAGGCCAUCAACCACCCCGAUGCCGACUCCCUCUUCGUCUCUACCAUCGCCGUUGGCGAUAAGGCUAGCGAGGACUACACCGAGUACGAGGGCCAGAUCUGCCGUACCGUCUGCUCCGGCCUCAACGGCCUGAUCCCUCUCGAGGAGAUGCAGGGCCGCAAGGUCAUCGUCGUCUGCAACCUCAAGCCCGUCAAGAUGCGAGGCAUCAAGUCCUGCGCCAUGGUCCUAGCCGCCUCCCCCGUCCCCAAGGAGGGUGAGGACGACCACAAGGGCCCUGUUGAGCUCGUGGCCCCCCCUGCGGAUGCCAAGGCUGGUGAGCGCGUCUUCUUCGAGGGCUUCGACGGAAAGCCCGAGGGUGUCCUCAACCCCAAGAAGAAGAUCUGGGAGACCUUCCAGCCCGGCUUCACCACCACUGACGCUCUUGAGGUUGCUUUCGACGCCAGCGUCGUCGAGCAGCUCGGCAAGACUGGCAUUUCCAAGCUGGUCACUGAGAGCGGUGGUGUCUGCACUGUUCCCAGCUUGGCCGGUGCCCAGGUCCGAUAAACGAGACAUAAAACUAUAGAUGUGUACACCUGAUGAGGUGAAUGAAUAAAUGAUACAAAAUGUGGCCAAUUUAUUCCACUUGAGCUUCUGCAAA